AUGGAGAAAGUGCUGUCCUUUGACUUUGAGAUUGCUGACGUGUCCAUGUUCUUGCCCACCCUGCCACCCACUCCCUCUCGGAUACCUCUGAUUGAUGCUCGCUUGACUCAGUCCACUACAGGAGAGGACCCUUCUCUCAGAGGAUCUUCUUCUUCAGCACAGCGAUACCCUACUAGGGAUUCAGAACCACUGCCCACGGGUGGGUCGCUACGAGGGGAGGAGGACCUCGGCCUGAUCCGGCUGUGUUUGUCUGUCACCGUGUCACCGGGGAUCAAGACCAAGUAUCUCUGGAAAAAGACACUUCGUCUCAAAGAGACCAAACUGGAGAAACAAAAGCCGGGCGGAACUCUGGUCUGUCUGCCUGUUUUGUCUGUGCCCCUGACCGUGCCUCUGACCGUGGCCCUGACCGUGCCUCUGACCGUGGCCCUGACCGUGCCUCUGACCGUGCCCCUAACCGUGCCCCUGACCGUGCCUCUGACCGUGCCCCUAACCGUGCCCCUGACCGUGCCUCUGACCGUGCCCCUAACCGUGCCCCUGACCGUGCCUCUGACCGUGCCCCUAACCGUGCCCAUAACUGUGGCCCACCUGUUGCCCGCUCCUCCCACCAUCCAUUCGGUGUGUAAGUUCUGCCGCCGCGCCCCUUGGAGGAUGAGCGAUGUCCCCACCCUAGACUAUGACCUCCUGCUGUCCCCCAGGCCGUCCCUUACUGGGGCUCCCAGCAGCCCUCCUCUGGUGGGAGGUGAUGCGGAGCAGCGGACAGCCUUUGCCUUCGUGGGGCUCCUCAUGCUGUUCCUGAUCUUCCUGUUGGUGCGCUGCUUCCGCAUUCUGCUGGACCCCUACAGCCGAAUGCCUUCCUCCUCCUGGACUGAACACAAGGAGGGCGUAGAGAGGGGGCAGUUUGACUACGCCCUGGUCUAGACCUGGGUCGUGUUCAUUAGGCACAAAACGGACUGAAACAGAGAGGGGACUACCAGAUCCUGGUCCAAUAAGGAAUGCUUGUUUUCGUUUUCCGUUGCGCAACGUUUUGCUAUGACGUGCCCUAAUGAAGACGACCCUGGUAGGGUCAGAAGGGGGCAGUUUGACUGGCCCUGCUUUAGAAACACUACAAACCAGGAGCCAGUUUGACUAUGUGCUGGUUCAGAUCCCGAAACGUAGUCAGACUGGAGCCCUUAAGACCUACAGCCAGACACCAGAGCUAUGAAGACCAGACCCUCCAAACUCAGUUUGAAAGGUGGAAGGGCUUGUUCUGCCUCAGCCAUGUGCUUCAUCUCCCUGUGUCCCACAGUAGAGGAGAACUACCAAGCCAUUUCAAACACCCUAUGAUCUGGGAUUACAAAACAAUCCCUCUGAGCGACAGAAUAAUAAUAUUAAUCAUAGCGUCUAGCUGUACUUACAACACACCUGUUUCUAUACUUGUUAUAGUACAUUCAGAAGCCAUAAACCAAUGUUUAACAAACACCUUUCUCUGAUGUAUACAUUUUAGCUCAACGUCUCCAUCUAAUUUCUGACUGGGCUGGUAUAGUCCACUUGUGUUGACAGAUGCAGCAGCCCCUUUAAAAAAACGAACUAGUGAUUUGUUUUAAUAGAACUGUUCUUAGUGUGUUGUGUCUGUAUACCUGAAACAAAGCCAUCUAUCUAUCAUAUCUAUAUCUGUGUUGUUUGGUUGCCCUAUUAGCUCUAGCCACCCUGCUAAGCUUGGUAAAAUAAUGUGUUCUCUACGACUGACUUUUAGAAAGACCAGAAAUGCUUUAUUUUUGUAUUCCGACUCACAUUUGGAGUCUCCUUUUGCAAAGUUUUCUCAGUGUUUAUUGUGAUUGGUAGCUUUCUCAGUCAUGUCUUUAGACUGUGAUUCUUGAUGUAUUUGGGGGGAUAAGGUAAGAUAGAGCAAGCAGCUUUGCUUGUGUUUUUAAGAUUUUCUUAAAUGCAUUGUUUUUGCUACGCAGAAUUAAAAGAUGAAGGGUGAAAUGAAAUGGUGUUUACAUCAGUUUGUUUCCAAUUUCCUGUGUGGAUUGAAUGAUUGGAGUGGAUACAUUACUUUUCCUGUAAGAUCAAUAAAACAUUUUCAACACAUAAUUUCACUUGAAUCACUUUAACAACGCACAAAUGGGACACUCACAGGGCCAAC